AUGCCUCCAUCUCUUGGAAAUUUGAGUCACCUAACCUAUCUCUUCCUUUUUCAAAAUCAGCUCACUGGUCCAAUCCCUCCAUCUUUUGGAAAUUUAAGGAGCCUAACCGAUCUCUCCCUAUAUAAAAAUCAGUUCACUGGUCCAAUCCCUCCAUCUCUUGGAAAUCUGACAAGCCUAACUGCACUUCGUCUUUUCGAUAAUCCGUUUUCUGGUUCAGUACCCACAGAAAUCUCAAAUCUAACACAUUUGGAGAGGCUAUUUUUGGGUAACAACUACUUCUCUGGUCACCUACCUCAUAUUGGGCAGCUAAGUCAGCUGCAGGAACUCGACCUGUCUUCAAACAACCUGCAAGGAAAUAUUCCUAGCAGCCUGGGGAGUUUGUCCAGGCUUUACAACUUGAGUUUACAAAAUAACCGACUGUCUGGUUGGGUACCGGGUGAAAUUGGAAAACUAUCCAAUUUGGAAAUUCUUGACCUAUCAAGGAACAAGCUGAGUGGGCUGAUACCACAGCAACUGGGGGACUGCUCCCAAUUGCGGUAUUUGAGCAUGAGUGAGAAUUAUCUGAAUGGAAGCAUUCCAUUUCAGAUUGGUAAUCUAAUAGGCCUACAGAUUACCUUGGAUCUCAGCUGUAACUUCCUGUAA